AGGAGCAGGAAGCUGACUGCUUUUGAGAAGGUGUGGGUGUCAGUGAAUUAUCGCCUCUCCUCCCUGCAGCCUCGUUAGGGAUCGCCUUGUUUGUCUCCUUCCUUCCUUCCUUUGUUUUCUGCCUCACUGCAGCAUGCAGGGAAAAUGCUGCAGCUCAGGGGGGAUUUCUGCACAAAAUUAAACUUUGAGAGCUGCUGUUGGUUCGAAAAGAUUGACAGCGCACGCAGCCGCACUCCUUUUCAUGAAAUGAGCUCUGAAGGUUUCUUAUUUUAGAUUUACAUUAACACCAAAGAUCUGUGAAGACACUGCAGGGACAGACAACCGAGCAAGUUCACAACACUUGAAUUAGAGAGGACCGUUUUUAUGUACAGGGUAAAUUUAGAUCUGAAUACUUCUACAGCUGUGGCUCUGUCUCUUAAACUUUUGAUGCACAAGUGGACUGUCACCUACAUCUCCGUCACCUACAUGAGAUACUCACAAUUACAGCCAACUCUAAAUAGAUGCCUGGAACAUGUUGGAGCAGACAUAUGAUCCAUCGAUCGAUAUCUUUCACACUCUGUUGGUUAAUCUCCACACACUUGGAGGCCAGACGGUUCAGCAACAACCCUGCAGAUAAUGUAGGUCAGGUUGCAUCUGAGAGUCAGAACUUGGGAAUUUUUAAAAAUCUUUUAUGAAAAUGUGGAUUCCUGUAAAACAACAACCGGCAAGAAAAUUUUGUUGGAGUUCCCCUUUAAAUUUAGACGUAGUUGAUUGGAAAUGUGAGCUGCGUAAUUUGGGUUUCUUCCACCGAUUCAGUCCAAAUUCAUGAAUGUUUCAUGUUCCCAGUGAAGCAUUAUUAGUCAGCAUGAAUUUGUUUGUUUUAUCCUACUUGAAGCUCCUGGUGGGUGGAGUUUACAGACAUUCAGAUAAAGUCAGAUAAAAGUUAGGGAACCACAGAAAAGUAAACUAAGUCGCAAAAUACUUUCCAGUGAGUAAUCUGUUUUGUAGGUCAGUAUUUAGCGCUGGGUGUCAAACUGCACCCACCCAGGCCAUGAAAGAGGUCAGAGCAGGCAUUACAGAGCUGUCUGACUCAGGUCUUAUACACAACAAAAACUCUUAAAACAGUCCACUUGGGAUUGGUUUUGGCUAGAAUUCAAACUACUACAUUUUGACAUGAUCCACCAACUGUUGAAGAGAUUCAAUUGCAGACAAAUUAAAUGAUUUUGCGGUUUAAUGCACAGCUCUGAGACAAUAAAGCUGUAAUCAUAUAAGACAAUCUAAAGAAGGGGCAAAUAAAUGAUGCCUGUAUGUUUAAAAGGGUUGAGAAUGUACUUAUAAUCUAUUAUUGGCCUCGUCAUGCUGCUCUUACUAUUGAUUUAACUAGAAUAAGUUAUGACCAGCAGAUGGCGCUGUGACUGUUCUGUAGGACAGAUACCACAGCCUGGAUAUGUGCAGUACCAAACUGAACCAGAGAGUGUCGCACAAAGACAAGACAUCACAGUAUCUGGGCUGCUAUGAGAUGAUUUAUCACAACUUAGUUCAUAAAAACAGAAACUUUUACGAUUAAAUUUAUUUUCCAUCUACAAUAGCAUUAUGAACACGGCUAUUUAACUAGAAUGGUAAACUAUUUUUAUAAAGAAACCUGUCUGAAAUCUUAUAUGUGGUCAUUUUAGUUUGUUAUGAGCUGAUACAAAGAGAAAACCUGCAUUAAUAUAUCAAAUAUUUCCUAAUUAUUGAAGUCGACAACGAGAGAGAAAUCAUAAUCAUGACCUACACAGGUCAAACACAACUGGAGAAACAGUACUGAUGGUUGACAGCUCUCUUAGCCAAUCAGAGACUCGUAUGUGUUAUCGUACUCCAAUCAGUGCCCUCGCGGUAUGAAAGGUAGGUUGUAUCCCAGAGAGGAAAAUUUUCUGUUGUUGAGUCACCGGGAAAACCGUUAUUUGACCGAGGGAAGCCGACACAUACCGGGAAUAACGCUCCACAGACGACCCACAUUUCUCCACUCGGCCUCACUGUAGUUACACUCUCCUCGACGGGAUUGAAAUGUUACAUUUUCGGUCAACGGUAGCGCUCAAGGAGUUAUUUCAGACCCAGCUGAAGCGGCCGUUGGCAGGUAGAGUCGGUGUUAAAGCGGCACCUGCACGCGCCGCCUGCCUCAGCACCACCGUCGGUUUGGAUGGGAGGUCGCCCGGCACAGGGAGGGGGAUUUUCGGUUGGAGAGCCCCGCAGCAGCAGCACCACUCACGGAGGCACGGAGUGAGGGACUACUGCUCCAAGGGUGAUGGUCAAAAUGAAGCCAGCAAGGACUCUUCUGCAGAGAAGUGAGUAACGUUAACCCCGGUCAGAGUCAGACGCUAUCUGCUAGCAUCACGGUAGGCCAAAACCUCAGAGAGAAAAAAGGACAUUUUAUGGGAACGAUUGGGGGACUGAUAAAACCCGGCAGCCAAUCUUUAGGUUUCUUUAUGAAGGUAAAAAAAUAUAAUAAUUGAAAAUUAAAGAUGCCGAAUGAAAGACCUGUUUAUAAUACUACUAAAACAAGACAAUUAACCAAACUGUUUAUGUGUUACACCUGUAAUUGAGGCCUUUUUCAGUGGUACAUCUUUGAAACGCGGUUCUGCAUUGGGGGGUAAAAACCCGGCAGCCAGUCUUAAAGUUUCUUUAUGAAGGUUAAAAAGCAUAGAAAUAAUAAAGCGAAGAUUCCGAAUGAAAGACCUGCUUAUAAUUCUACUAAAACAAAACAAUUAAUUAAACUCUGUUGAUGUGUUACACCUGUAAUUGAGGCCUUUUUCAGUGGUACAUAUUUUAAACGGGCUUCUGCGUUGGGGGGUAUUCAAACGCGUCACGCUAGACGUUAGCUAGUAACUAGCUUAAACGCAGCUCCAGCUGGGAUGACGAACUAGAAAACAAGCUAAUCGAAAUCUGUGUAAGGAAAGCUAAAGAUAUUAUUGGGGGAAAGAAAUAAGGCUCUUACUCUUCUGCUCAUUAUUUGUAGGUAUGAAUAAAGAAAACACCUGUAAGUAUGAAGUGUCCGAAAAUGGACUCAUAUAGUGUGCAGGCAGCCAGAUUUCGUGACCAGCAGCAGCAUCCUGCAGCUUCAGCCUUCUUCACCCUCAGCCCCACAUGCUGAACUUACUUUAAGCUGCUAUUAGCUCCUGGGGGCUUUUAGAGAUGACAUUUCAGAUCCACCAAAGAAACCCUGUGUUUGGUCGACUUAAUGCACCAUUCACGCCAACUCAAUGUCUAAUGAAGGUCAGUCAUGAAACAUAGGAAUGCUAUGGCCCUGCGAUUUGCAAGUGAUUAUUUUAUGUAUUUACUGAGUGCAAUAAAAUAAUCAAGUUUACAAUCUGCAUGUAAUUCAAAUUUCACCUCUAAAAGCUUCUUUAUUUUGGUUUUCUUUUUUAACCAUUUGGUGUAAAUUUGCAAACUUACUAACUGAUCAUUCUGAAUCUAUUAUUUGCAGUCUUAAUAGUUGAGUAGAUUGGGAUAGGUUGUCUGAUAGAGGUGAAUGUUCAACAGGCUAAAUGUACUAAUCGAGGAGUUGGGAUGAGAGUCCUCCUGGUGAUAAAGUGAAACCAGACCAUGUCCACAGUCCCAUUGGAUCCACUUUAAGCUCACUAACAUGUUUUAAAGAUGAUGAUUCACUUAAUUUUGGCUCUGAUCAUGUUUGUAUGCAUCACAUGUUUUAAAUAUGCGUUUUUUAACCCUCAAAACAAACCUCAAAUUACUCUUUAGCUGCUUUGCCAAGUGUAAGGUGCAUUUUGAAGCAGUUUUGAUGGAUAAAUUCUCCGACUUUGUUUGCUGUAAAUCGCGUUCUAUACCAUAUUUACCUUUAGACUUUGACUUUACAGUAAAAUUCCACUCUAUAGCUUCAAGUCUGUAGCAAGAAUCUCAUUAUUUACAGGUCACUCGCUGACAAACAUCCAAUAAUCCAAUAUGUCAUUUAAAGAAUAUUGAUUCUGUAAAGUGCACUGGCUGGUCUGUGGUUUCAUCUGCAUGCUCGCAGCCUCCUGCCUGCCUAAAGUGUGUUUUAUUUUAAUGAGAUGUAAAUCUAGCAGGAAUGUUGUGCAGUGCUCUCUCUUUUUCUCUGCAAACACUCUCGUGUUUACUCAGGUUUCUGCACGGUAAUGAGUCCUGCUUCCUUCUCUUCAGUUCAUGUGUUUUAGUUCAUGCUUUGUGAUAUCUGAGGAUAAAUGUAAAAUAAAAAACAGGUAUCAGGCUUGGGUGGGUAUUUAAGAGGUCUAAGUUUAUCACUGAUGAAACACAAAUAAUUUUUAGUUGUUCUUGGUUUUGACAUCCAGAUCAGUUGUGGUACCUGCAGCAUGAAUCCUCUCCUCACCAGGAGUAAAGUGCUUCAUCACUCCUGCAGGCCGACCUCGUCCCAUUUGUUUCCAUUCACGGACAAUUUACUAAAACGUUCGCCUCGUUCAGCAGCCACUUUACCCAGCUGACUGCCUAUCAGCAUCAUCUCAUCUCCCCUGGAGGCUAAUCACAGAUUCAGUCUGUUGAAUACUUACAGUGCAGACUGGUUUUUGUGAAGUCAUCAGUCGGUGACAUGCAGGAUGAGAAACAGAGAGACACUCUGCUUUUGAGGGACUCGCCGACUCUUCAUUCAGACUGUGAGCUGGUUUCCAGAGACUCUGAGUCAUCUGAUGAUGUGAAGUUCUGCUGCAAAACAAACCAGGAGCUUUUCAGCAUCUGCAUUUGGUCCUUUGAGAAAGGUUCAGCAUAUGAUGUUAAAUAUCAGCACAAGACAAGUAUUGCCCAAUCAUAGGCACCUUGAUAUGAAGAUUUAAUGUUCUGCUUUGGUUCUUAUCCCAGUAAUGUGAUUUAUUUAGAUUUUGUCCUUAAAGCAUACUCAUGAAAAGACAAUUAACUUGAUAAUUGGAGCUAAAACAAGGAGUCACUGAACUGAAUAACUAACCACAACACAAAGGGUCUGCAGCAGUUUGGGGUUUUUGUCAAAUUUAUAUUAUCUUAGAUGUAACCAUCAAUCAGCUUAUUAUGAUCCCAUGAUCACAUCAUAGUCAAUUUUCACCAAAGAAAAAUCCCACCCCUCAGGAGCAGCAAUAACUCCAGGGUUAAAAGUCAGUAAAUCAGAGACAAAAGUUUGAAAUAUUAAAUCCAUGGCGGGCCGUUUGGAGUCCCCGGGGCCCCGGCAGCAUUCAGCCUGGACUCCAGUCUGUGCGUGGGGGUCCCCAGGCUGUGCUCCGGCUAAUGAGGGGUUAAAAUGUUUGUGAUGCAGGGGAGCUUAUCCCGCCCACAUCACUUUUCCUGCGUUUUUGCACCAAAGCCGGGAUGCUGGCGUGCUGCCCGGCAGUUGUCAGAGCCUCCAGGAGCAGAUGAGUCACUUUACUCAGAUUGAUUUGUGCAGCACCGCCUCUGAACACUGCCGCUCUCAUGUCUGCCCCCACCCUCACCACCCGCUCAUCAUGACAUCUGUGAGGCACUGAAACCAGCUCCAUCGAUCAGGUCAGAUGAUAAAGCUGACAACACGGACGACUUUAUCAGACAUCAGUCUGUCGAUACAAAGAGCUCUGGACAAAUCAGCUGUGAUUGUCCUCACUUAAAAGUUUAUAACCACAAAUUCACAGCAGAGAGGGAGUGAGCAGUUGUCCAUUCAAACUCUGACCUCAGAUCAGCUUUCAGCUGUCUGCUGAGCUGCAGCUGGACUGGGCUCAGCUCCAGUAUUCCCAGUGAAAUAACAUCCGAUCUAUUGAUCUGCUCAGCGUAUCAGCUGGUUCUAAAGCCGAUUAGAAGAAGAAUACACCUGCAGCUCAACCAACCUGAUUGUGAGGAAAUCGGUUCCUGAAUUAAACACAUUUACAAAACAUGAUUAGCUUUUAUUUGAGCAGCUUAAUCAGACAACGAACAGAUGUCAAAAAUACGAUGAUAAUUUAUACAAAAGUAAUAAUUAAGAUAACCUUUGUGUGCUCAGUGUGGUCAUCAUGUAGGGACAAGAAAACUAAAUUGUACACACAAGUUAAUUUAUGUUAUUUAUGUUGUGACAAGUUAAUGUGUGUCACAACAACCAAUCAUCACUGGCAGUUUAAAAACAAAACGGGAUAAUAUUUUUCUUUGUAUACAAGAAAAUAAUUUGUCAUUUUUAUGUACAUUUUUAUUUACACAACAUAAAGUAGAAACAGACCACUCUGGAUUAGCUGUGCCGACAUCAUCGGCACAAGAUAUGGCUCAGUAUGGUAAUCAUGUAGGGACAAGAAAACUAAAUUGUACACACAAGUUAAUUUAUGUUAUUUAUGUUGUGACAAGUUCAUGUGGUCAUAAAAAUGUUGCUGUCUUGUGCGUUUUUUAUUUUUCUUUGUAUACAAGAAAAUAAUUUGUCAUUUUUAUGUACAUUUUUAUUUACACAACAUAAAGUAGAAACAGACCACUCUGGAUUAGCUGUGCCGACCUUUAAAGGUGUUCUAGGGGAGGGAGUCUGGAGCACUAAUGGGAACAGCUGAGGUAGAUUAAUGAGCCGGUCCAGAGGCGGGUCCAGAUGUUCCUUCAACACCUCUAACCUGGCGCCGAUUCUUCUCUCACAGGCCUCAUUAACUGAACAAGGAGGUUACUUCUGGCCUCUUAGUUUGGUCCUGAUUCAUGAGCUCUGUGAUAUAUUUACUGUCUGUCUGUCUGUGUGUGUGUGUGUGUCUGUCAGUGUGUCAGUGUGGGGUUGAAGUCAGUGUCCUGUUUGGAGAUUCACUCCUCCUAAUGAGCUCCUUUUGGACUUGAUUUAAAUGCAGCUGAGAAUCAUAAUCAUGUGUAAAGUUGGGAUUUAUGUAUUUAAAGACAGACCUACUUAACCUCGUGUCUCUAAUAAGGAGCAGUUUGUGUAUUUCUGACGUAUUUUCACCACAUCAAAGCUUUCUCUCAUGUAUUCCUGUUUAUUUAUACUUGUGUCUUUAUUCAAACUUUAGUCGGGGUACGUUUGUUUUCUGUUGUUGUCACAGUAGUAUCAGUAUGUUUUCAAUAUGGUGACUUCUUGUUGCAUUUCUCUGCUGAUGUGUUCAUACUGUACUACUGUUACUAAUUCAGUGUUAUUCCCUCUGCACACUCUCUCCCUCUUGUUGAUCUGCUUGCUUUGCAUUUGUAAGUAUGUUUCUAUUUUUAUUUUAGUUUUAGUUUUUCUUUCUUUUUUUGUAGAAGUAGAGGUUUUCUGCAGAAAGCCAACAAACCGCUCUUACCUUGAAAUGACCUCACUUCCUCCCAGCGGCUGCGCUUGAACCCCCUCCUCUCCCCGACCUCACCCCUCAGCUCCCCUCCUUCUCACACACACUCUCUGAUGUGUAUUCUUCCUCACCAGCAGGCAUUAUCCUUUGUUUAUGAGGGCAGAGCUAACGAGCAGUGAAAAUUUCCAGGUUCGGAUGAAAUGUCACGUUCCACACAAGAGUCAGAAAGUGGAGAAUUAAGAUUUCUCUUGUCUGGUGUUCAUCCACCACCAAGUUUCACCCAACAGAACCACGUUUCCUCUGAACGAGAUAUUUGACAUCUCUAAAAAUGACAAGAAUCGACUUUUGAUUCAUGGCUGGAAUUACAUUUGUCUGACUUCUGACUCUUUGUGGGACUGUAAGUGUAGGAGGUAUCGUAGGUUAUCUUCACUUUUAUCUGAUCAAAGACUCGGUCUCAGUGUUUCCUCUGUGGUUCGAUCCUGCAGCAGAGAGGUCUCAGAAAAAACCUGCGUUUAUAUUUUAUUGGGUUUAAAACUAAUAUUUUUCUGUUUUGCUUAAGAGCUUGAAGGGCGAUGUUGAGUGUAUCUCUUGUCUCAGGGAGCAGUCGUUCAAAGAAAAUAUUGAGUCUUCUUCAAAAUGAAAUUUCACUUUGGACGUGGAGAGAAAGAAGGAAUUGUAAGUGUUUCAAAGUGGAAUUCAUUCAAGCUAAAUUCAAGUAUCAAGUUUAUUAUCUCUCUGAUUUCUUCCUGUGUCUGAAUCCAUCCAGAGGAAACCCUGUUCACUGAGUCCGCUGCUACAAUCUGGUACAUAUCUGCUCUCAUGACUCCGAGGGUGUUCAAACUGGGCUUUCUAUCUGGUCGGCUGCUGCGAGGAUUUACCUUCAAACAUCUUCUCUUAGCACAUGAUGCACUGUGGGACAGGGUGUGCCUUGACAAUAACAAAACUGUGCAUACACUCAAUUUGGUGUCGAUAUGAAUCAUAGCAGAGAGCCUGCUGUGAGCUGGUCGCCCUGUCUGCCUGACAUGCUACUAACUUUGCUCCCAGAGACGACUCGCUGUGGAGGCAUUGCUGAGAAUACCAGCCAAGACCCCAACAUGAGUACAGCCAUCAAUCGAGAGAUGGCAGCAGCACAGAGAGUGUGUGAGCGUCCUAUUAUUAAAGUCUGUGGGGUAGAGACGUGAAUACAUUAGGAAAAUUCCAUGCAAAGAGUCUGUGAUGCACAAUAAGAGGUUUGUGUUCUUGUCAUAGAGGACGCAACAACAUGGGUAUGUCACAGAUCGGAUAAAAGACGAGUUUGUGAAGAGUGAGACGCAGUCAAAGCAGAAAACAUACGAUUUAAGUAUGAAUUCCUGACUGGUUUUGCAGAUAGAAAUAAGAUGUUGACUCCUGUCUUCAAGUAACGUGUCGUCCUUCAGUGGUUUAACAGCCACCGUGCAGCCUCGUCCUUGUGUUGAAGGCUGGACUUGGCGGUAACGUGCCAGAAGCUCCGUCACAGCUUCAGCAGUUAAGACCCAGUCAGCACAAUUCACAGAUCGUGGAUUUAUUCGGCUGAAUCGCUCCGACACGUCAUCCUCUCACACUUUGUGGAUCACGAUGCGAGUAAGGCGCCAUGACCUUCUUUCUCAGACUGAUUCAUUUGACAAUAAAAAAAACAAAAACAGUUAUUUGAGCUCGCUCUCUCGCUCUCUCUCUCUGCGCUGCUGCUGUUACUUUGGGAUUGACCCAAACUAAACCAGAAUAAAUCAAGGUCACAAUCAUCGUCAUCAUAAAUUCCUUUGCUCUCAUUUUGGGUCACAUGGUUUGGGAUUAGACUCCCGCUCUGAAAACCACACACUGGUUAGCUUUCAUACUAAUCAGCUUUUUAAACACAUGGCUGGUAUUCCGGCAAAGAAGCCGUCAAAUAGUUGACACUACAGUGGCCUUGUGUCAGCAUGUUCACCUGUGGGAAAGAACCCACAGUGUCUUUUCCACAGGGUGUAACUCUGAGCUAAGGUCAGUGUAGAGUCAUGUUUUCAGAGCAGUCUUACAGAUAUUACUCACAGCCUUUCCUUGCAGUUCAAAAGCUUCUUUCUCCUCCCUCUGCUGCAGUUUCCCCUCCAUGUUUCCACCUUUAAAGGGCCGCACUGUCCACUGAUUUUCUCACUUUUCCGUCCGUGUCUUCUUUCUUUUUCUCCCCCUGCAGGAGAAGGAAGGCAGGCAUCCUGCCCAGCCUGGAGGAUCUGCUCUUCUACACCAUCGCAGAGGGACAGGAAAAAAUCCCUGCACACAAAUUCACCACAGUGAGUCCUCAGUCACAGCAGGAACAGAAUCAGGGGUUUCAAAUCGAGUUCACUGUGUUUAUUUUCUGAUAUAAACAAAAAAAAGGAUCCACACUGGAUCUGAAGAAGCCCAGGUGGGCGGUGAAUCAGCACUCCUCUUUGUAGUGGUCUCUCUGCUUGAGUUAUGAGCAGGAUGACUCCUCGUAAGCCUCUUUAGGAGCCCGAGUUCACGGCUUGUAGCUUUAUUGAUUUGCUUUCAGGCUUCCUUAAUCAAAAUGUCUCUCUGCUCUCUGUGCAGGCUCUUAAAGCCACGGGGCUUCGCACAGGAGACCCCCGGCUAAAGGAAUGCAUGGAGAUGCUGAAGGUGACUUUGAAGACCACCUCUGACGGAGCUCUGGAUCGACACCUCUUCAAAAAGUAGGUUCUUGUGUAACGAACAGGAUCUAUUAUUUUUUCAGUGGAGGAAGUUUUAAAUGUUUUUUAAUCUUAAAAUGAUGUUAAAGUUCCAGCCUGACAGUCAGAGAGUCGUCUGUGGAAUGCCUUUUGAUAUAAGAGGACUCUUGCAGUAACUCGAGGCGUCCUGUUCCACCGUUACUAUCAGCAUGAAUCUUUUAUCCAAGUCGAUCUGAGGAAUUAUUAAUGCUGUUCAGAGUCUGCUGCAGAAAAGGGUCGCUGCACGCUUUAAUUAUUCAUCACUCCUGAGUUUGUACGUCAUCAGCGUGUUGUUGAGGUUUCCAUCCAGUCGGAUUCAAACAAGAUCACGACUGCUGAAGGAAAAUAGGACAAAACACCCGGACAGGAAAAACCAGUCAGAGAAAAAGACAUGACUGAAGAGGAGAAGAGGACUAAAGAGACAUCUGUGUCCAAACUGAGUCAGUAACUUGGAGCAGAAGUAUAUCAAAACAUUUCUCUUUUUUUCUUUCUUUCUUUUUGUCUUCUUUUUUCUCUUCUCUUUUUUUUCUUUGCUCUCACUCUGUUUUUCUCUUUCUUUCUUUCUUUCUUUCUUCUUUUUUAUUUUAUCUUUUCUUUUUAUUUCUUCUUUUUAAUUUUAUUCUUUUUUCUUUUUUCUAAAUAUUAAAUUUUCUUUUUUCUUUUUUUUCUUCUUUCUAUUUCUCUUUUUCUAAAAAGUAUUUCUUUUUCUUUUUUCUAUUUUUUUCUUUUUUCUUCUUUCUUUUUAUUUUUUUAAAUCUUUUUUUCUCUUAAUCUCUCUUUUUUUCUCCUCCUUUUUUUAUUUUUCUGUUUUUUUCUUUUCUCUUUUUGUUUUUUGUCUUUCUCAUUUUUUUCUCCUCUCUUUUUCUUGUCUCUUUUCUCUCUUCUCCUUUUCUCUUCUUUCUUUCCUAAAUCAAAACUUUUCUAAGAAGAUGAUUUUAAUGACAGAUUAAAGUGAUUGGUGUUUGUGGACCAAAGCGUUUCUGCUCAAAUAAACUCACGUUUAGAGGGUGAUAAUGUGAAAAAAGAAGUGAUUUAAUGAAGCUGACAGGUUGACCUUUGGUGAAGGUCGAAUCACGUCAUGUUGUGAGUGUUGGGCAGAAUUAUUGAAACGUGGUUCACUUUAACCUCUGAUUGAAAUUCAGAAAGAGUGUGAGGGUCUUUGAUCGAAUCUGUGAGAGAGUGCAUAAAAAUUCAAGUAGCCAUUGUUCCUACCACACCCACAAUGCAACUCACCCUCUCUUGUAUAAGAAACUAAUGUAGGGAUCCCUUUAACAGUUGACAUGGCCUACAGCAGAGCUACAAACACAUGGACUUGGAUGUGUGGAUUUGAUGCACAUGUCAUGAAACCACAGCUGAAAUCCAAACAAGGAUGAGUGUAGAAUAAAUGAAGUAUCGUAUGGCUGCUGUUUGACCCCCCCAAGAGGAAUCGGUGCUGAGACAGAACCGGGCGACAGCUUGGGAAGCUGCAGCAUGGCGAGUCGAGGCAUAUGACAGCUCACCAGGGAGCUGAAUCCUCAGCGAACAGACCCCAACGCUGCAGCUCCUGGCUGGGAUCCAUCACAUCACCUCCUCGGGCUUAUUUAUAGAGCUCGGCCUCUGAGGGAGGCACGUGAGCGGGAGCUAGAGCAUGGCGUGUGUUUGCUCUGCAGGGAUCCCAUGCGACAGGGAUUACACAGAGUUCGGUGCUGUGAGAUAGUUAGGCUGCAAAUCUCUGCAAACAGAGCGACACAGCUUCCACCUCAAGACUUAUUACACAGCGCCAAUACAGUCUGUGCUCUUAAAUCACAGAGGAGAAGGACCGGGACUAGAUCUUUGAACCCUGACAGCAUUUGGAAAAGAUUUAAAAAUCAGGAAAAUAAAAAAACUUUUCCCAAAUCUUUGGUGACUGUGAGAUGUAAAAACCAAAAAGACGAGGUGUUGUCGGAUCAAACAUAAUCCUCCUCCGAUCUCCUCCUGACAAUCUCAUCAAGCUGCGUCUGCUGCGGACAACAUGUUUUUGAAGGUUUCACCCUGAAAGCAGAGGCACUUAAGUGGAAAAGCAAACAUGUUCCCUGUAGACAACACUCCUAAUGACAUCAUGUUUAAGUCCAGCAGCAGAUGCUUCACCGCCGCAGCAGCUGGUGUGUGAAGAAUGGAGUGAGUUAAGCUAACAGGAGAGGUUCGAGCCUGUAGUUUGAUUUUAACUGUGAGACAGAACUACUUCUAUUUAUCGUAGCUCAUAUUUGGUGUGUAAGGCGUCAGGUUUUUUCCAGCGUUUAUCAGCAAACACAAAUGUAAGGAUUCCUUUUUUUUUCAGAUAUUAAAAUAUUUUUCUUCUGGUCUUUGCUUUUUAAUUUGACUAAAGAUCUCUCUCCAAGGACUCAUAAACCUUAACGGUGACCCUGUCUCUGUUCUCAGAUGUGUCCAGAGCAACAUCGUGCUGCUCACUCAGGCCUUCAGGAAGAAGUUUGUCAUCCCAGACUUCCAGUCCUUCUGCGCCCACAUCGACGACCUCUACGAGACAGCUAAACCCAUGUCUGGAGGGCAGGUGAGCCAAAACCCGUCCUGAACAAGAAUGAUAUUUAUACUCUUAAAUAACCCGGACUGUGUUGACAUUUUGGGGGUUUUCUUCUGCUGUAGGUGGCAGACUACAUUCCCCAGCUCGCACGUUUCAGUCCGGACCUGUGGGCCGUCGCUCUGUGCACUGUCGAUGGACAGAGGUACAACCCAUUAGCUGUAGAUGUUUUUCAUCUCCACCUGUUUGCAAAGUACGAUCAUGAUAAUCUGAAUGCUCAAAAACAAAAAAAAGCAGAUUAAGUUUGGAGAAAAACUGACGUCAAGAAAGAUGUAGUGAUGAAAAAUGUGUUAAACGCACAACCUUUGGAUUCAGCAGCAGGAGUGAAACCUCUUUUUAACUCACUUUCACACCUCUCCUCCUCACAUCCUCAUGAGCGGUGCGACUCUUCCUGUGAUUUGUUCAGGCACACCGUCGGCGACACAAAGGUCCCUUUCUGUCUGCAGUCGUGCGUGAAGCCGCUGAAAUACGCCAUCGCCGUUCACGACCACGGCACUGAGUAUGUGCACCGCUUCAUCGGGAAAGAGCCCAGCGGUCUGCGGUUCAACAAGCUCUUCCUGAACGAGGAUGGUGAGAGGAAACACACACACACACACACACACACUUACACACACCUGCUCCUUUGUGUCAGCACGGCGACUCAGCCAGCUGUGGUUGAAUCAUCUCUCUGGGAUCGCACUUUCACCGAAACAGGAUCUGUCUCCAGGCCUGGUUGCUAUGGAACUGAGAUGACUUGUUAAUGAAAGGUUGUGGCACCGCAGCAGAAUAGAACAGAACGCUGAGUGUGUAACAGAGAGGGAACAUAACCUUGAAAUACAACAGGCUGCUGUUGGCACGUGGCGCGAUAAAAUCCAGCCAGGAAUGAGCAGACGAGACACAGAGACACUUGUAGUGCUCGCUGUGUCAUGCACAGUUCAACCAAAGAUGUUGAAGCUCGUUUAUUAGUUGUUUUGUUAUUAUCCGUCAGCUGAAGCAUCAGAUGUCGACUGCGUAAAAGCUGUUUGUUGUUGAGUGUGCUUCGGCGUGGGAAACUCUCUCGGUUUCCUCUCUUUGUCGUUAUCUAACAGAGCUCGCAGCCGACUAAUUCCUGUUUAUUUUUACUGAUAUUUAUUUUUUUAACAUGCUCCUGUCUGGCCAGUUGCAUAAACAGAUUAAAUCCCAAAAGGGGGGAGUGGAGUAAGAACGCAGCACUCGGCCGUGAUCGCACGUUUUAACAUGAACAUCUGUGACCAAAGACUUCUUCAUAUCGUCAUAAACGUAUUAAACGUAAAACUUCAUUUUUUUUACACUUCCAUGGUCUCUUUCCCCCUGCAGAUAAGCCUCACAACCCCAUGGUUAAUGCUGGUGCUAUCGUUUGUACCUCCCUGAUUAAGGUAAGCUGCAUCCACACAAAACACCAUGAAUUCGUAGUAAUGUUCAUUCACUCUGAAAACUGAACAGCUUCAGUAAUUAAAGAGUAAGUCGGGCUACAUGACUGUUUUUGUCAUUUUGGGAGAGCAUCAUCACAAUUUUUCGUAACUCUAGGCUGUCUGAAAAUGAAGUUUAAAAUCCUAAAACCUGACGUUUGAUCAGCAGAGGUUUUAUUUCAGUGAUUCUUGUUUGAAAGAUUGUAAACUGAGAGUUUGGCACAAUUUCAUCCAAAGAGGAAGUUUAUGAAACAGAAUUAUUGUCUCUGUGUUUUUCCCGGAAGCUUACUGUAUCCGGGUAGAUUAAGGUUAUAGAUAAUCACGCUAAAAGGGGAUUAGGUCUACAGCAACCAUCGCUCACACAGACACACACUCACUCACUCAGAGUUUACAGGGCAGGGAGACGCAGAGCAGCUCUGACCUCCUGAAAGUUUCAUUAAAUAUCCUCUCCUGACCUUCACACACACACGCACACACACACACACACACACAGGCACGCACGCACACACACGCACACACACGCACACUCAGAAGGAUGUCUCUGUUUGAAACACAGGAGCACCACCUGCUGAUUUUAGACUCAAAUUAAAAAUGAAAAGUCUGGGUGACCCUGACCCUGUCGGCUGCUGAGGAUCAGGAGAGUCUCCCUGUAGGAUGAGGAGCAGAUUAAUUACUCAGAGACAAUCCACGGGAAGUUUUGACACUCUACUCUGGGAGUUUCCCGUUUUAAUCUGUGUGAGAGGAACAGCAGGUACGAUUUAUUUACCUCUCCUCAGCCCUCUGACACAGAUUAAGGACUGUUUGCUCAGCAGAAGCUGAUGUACUGUUUCUUAACAAAGUGAUUUGUUAUCUUAUUUACUGAAUAGUUUGAUUUGAUCUGUUGUUGCACAUUCAUAGUUUUAACACGGGUCUUUCUUCCUCUGGAAGUUCGACUGAAUUAAACAGUAAAACUCACAAAGAGUUUUGAAAGACAGGAGUUCAGAUCUUCAGACCUAACUUGUGCUUAAAUCCUGUAUUUUCUGUUAACAACAGUCAUGUUUAUCAUUGAGUGUUAUUCAGCCACAUAGAAAGAUCAGCUUUGUCUGCAGAUGCACACACUUCUGCAUACAGCUACAGUCACAGAUCGAGACUUUUGAAAUGAGAAUCAGAAAAUCACAAACACACGGUCUAAGAAAACAGAAGUAUGGCAGCCAGAGAGAGACUUUACCUCCAGGAACAAGAAUAUCUGUAGUUUUAUUUAGUUUAAAUCCACAACAGCUGUGCAUAAACUGUACAGAUGAGCAGAGGAAUCAUCCAGUGACGUCUGUUGUGAUCACAUCAUGCAGGAAUGAUGGCGAAGAGUCAAAAACAACGAUUUAAUCACCUCCAAAAACGAGAACUUGUCAUCUUGAUCUCCAUCAGACAUCCUCUCGGUCAUUCCUGUAUGAUCUGACAGCUCUCAGCCAAUCCCUCUCUCCCUUUGAAUCCAGCCAAUCACUGUUCAGAUUUUGAUCACUGAUGAUUGAUCAGGAUAAGAAAUCAGGGACUGUGUGCAUGCGCCUCCUCCCCCUCCUCUGUCCUCCCUCUGAAUCUAGCUCUACACUUAAAUACCCUCAUUGAAAUGUACCUUUUCAAGGCUCGUUGUGUGGUUUUAUGUGUUGUUGCAUAUUUUACAGCAUUAGGAUCUUUGGGAAAUUAUGACCACUGCAACAGGUCAAUGACGUUGGUAAUUUUUCCUUUUUAAUUAUUUCCCCCUCUUUUGUCUGGAUUUGUGAUGAGAAGCUUUUAGCCUUCACAUGGCUGUUUAUGAAUGUUUCAGUGUCGCUUUGAUACUUUUUCACCUGCAUUCUCCAAAACUGUUUAUACGUCUGGGUUAUAAACAGUAUACGGCUAUGACUCAACCCAAACACUGGUUUGAUAUCAUUCUCCAUUCUUCUCUAGAUUUUGAUUUCAUAGCCUUAGCUUGAAUUUAGUUUCUCAGUCACUUCAGAUGCAUCCAUCUGAGCUACUCCUCUUUAACGUUCAGCCUCGCUCUUUUUGACCAUGACCAGGAAUCCACAGCUGUAAAAACCCAAAAUAUGUGUUUACACUGCAAGCCACAUGUCAAACCAGUAUUCAUCGAUUCCUCCUGACUUAUUAAGGAUGGUCGUAAUUCAGUUAACCUUGAAUGGAUUUUUAUUCUGAGAGCAUAAAUGUUUAAUUCUCUGAUUUAGGGCCGCAGAUAAAUCUAAUACACUGCAGAGAGCAGCACUUUUUCUGUCUGUUUGAAGUCUUUGUUAUCUUCAGACUUCAUGCCGUUAAUGUCAAAAAACAAAUAAUGUCAGAACUUGAAUUACCUUCUUAAAUUUCCUCAUAACAGUUUGAUCUGCCUUAAAGUUCGUAAAAUCACAUUUUAAAAUCACAUGUAAUCCGUUUGAUUGAUCAUGUGACUCGCAGUGUCGAUGCAUCUUAAAGUAAACUCACACACCUGCCUCAGUAAACACACCUGUAGAGUCACAUUAGCUCUCUCUUCCUCUGAUAGGUCCACUCUGUAGUCAGAUAAUUAUUAUUAUUAUUAUUAUUAUCAUUAAAAACAGGGAAAGAAGAUAAUAAGAUCAUUUUCUUUGAUACUUUUUAUUUUUCAUUAAAUGAAUAUUUAAAAAAAGCAGAAACUGAGUGGAUUAACUUUUUUUAUUUCACCUCCUUCAUCUCCAGCUAGUCUCUCCCACCCCUAAUCUUAAUUCAUCGAUUGGUUUGAUUGGUUACAUGACUGAUGAUUUCAAACAGUAGUGACGUAAACUUACCCUGUUUUCCUGUCUAGUUUAAUAUCAUAGACAUAUGGUUGAUAAACUGUAGUGCUAAUUUCAUGACAUGGAGAAGUGUUAGUGACUGUCUGAUGUGAAGUUUGAAGUAUAAGAUGAAAACGUGACACUGUGUCUGUUCUGCUUGUGUUUCAGCAAGGGGCGAGCAACGCUGAGAAGUUUGAUUAUGUGAGUGUCGGUUUGUUUUUCUGUGUUUUCAGAGGUUUGUGAAUUUUUACUGUAAAUGAAACUGUUUUGGAAAAAUCCUCAUCUGGUUUCAGGUCAUGAACUUCAUGAACAAACUGGCAGGAAACGAAUACGUGGGCUUCAGCAACGCGACGUGAGUACAGCAACACGUCCUCCCACAGACGAAAUAUUUUAUUGAUUUCGUCUUUAUGAUAAAUAAUUCACCAAACCAGCGAAGUUACAGAGGUGUAAAGAGUUUGAUAUAAUCUGAGCGGAGUCACAUAGAAGAAGAAAAUCACAAACGUCUCUUUUUUUGUCCCAGUUUCCAGUCAGAGCGAGAGUCCGGAGACAGAAACUUUGCCAUCGGCUACUAUCUGAAAGAGAAGAAGGUAAGGUCAAAGGUCAGCUGCAGCCCUGUUUGCUGCAGCUUGAACCACAGUCUAUUUAAAGUCUUGUCAUUGAUUGAUUGAUGGUUACUCGUAUUACCCAGAUCUGUGUUGACGGUAAUGACGGGGUCAUCGUUGUUGUUUCAGUGUUUUCCAGAAGGAACAGACAUGACCUCCAUCCUGGACUUCUACUUCCAGGUAAAUGAAGUUCAGAAAAACUGAAGAUGUUCGCCGUGAAACUUUUAACAAAGACGCUAAACAACGCCUACAUUCCCCUCUCUCAGCUCUGCUCCAUUGAGGUGACCUGUGAGAGCGCCAGCGUCAUGGCCGCCACUCUGGCCAAUGGUGGCUUCUGUCCAAUCACAGGCGAGCGCGUUCUGAGUCCCGAGGCGGUGCGGAACACGCUGAGUCUGAUGCACUCCUGCGGCAUGUACGACUUCUCGGGACAGUUCGCUUUCCACGUCAGUAUCUCCUCUGCUGAACGUUUCACCGCUCCUCUUGAAUACGAAGUCUUCCUGUUUGUACAACUUCUUUUUCCUGUUUCAGGUCGGCCUGCCCGCCAAAUCCGGCGUCGCUGGUGGGAUUCUGCUGGUGGUUCCAAACGUGAUGGGCAUCAUGUGUUGGUCUCCUCCACUGGACAAACUGGGCAACAGCGUCAGAGGAAUCCAGUUCUGCACGGUAACCUCGAUCGUUCGUCUUGAUCAGAGACUUCACAGCUUUUAUCUGAAUCUUAGAACAGCACCUUUAAAACUUUAAAUGUAUGAAAUCACUUUUUAAAACCCGGUCGGACUGAUGAUGAUGUUCUCCCCCUCCAGGACCUCGUCUCUCUGUGUAACUUUCACAACUACGACAACCUGAGACACUUCGCCAAGAAGCUGGAUCCUCGCAGGGAGGGAGGAGACCAGAGGGUGAGACCCAGAAACACUCCUUCAUCAGCUCCUGUCCACCUUCCUCCUCACUCUCAUUUUGAGUCUUUCAAAUCCUCCUUUGGGUUUAUUUCUGGCUCUGAAUUUCACUGUAAACAAACAUUGUUCUGACAGCCUGCGUCACAUCCUCCCGCUCUCUGCUCUGUGGCCCGGUGGAUGACCUUGUGCUGAGCGUCUUUACCAUCAGCUCCAUCUAGCGGCCGAUCUCUCUCACUGUCCCAGUUUACCUCCAUUCACUUCUAGAAAUACAUCAGCGGUUGGAACAGUUUUAUGUGAUAAUGUCUCAUAUUUUGAAGGUGGAUUAUUAAAGAGCGAAUCACUUCUGUUCAAAAGAAAAAUAUAGUUUUAUUGGUUGAAAUGUUUGAGGGUUAACUUUGUCUGGAUUAGUGAAACGGCAGUUUGUCUCACGUCUAAAGAAGCUGUCUCUCUCUCUCUCUCUCUCUCUCUCUCUCUCUGUGUGUUUCAGGUGAAGUCUGUGAUCAACCUGCUGUUUGCUGCGUACACUGGAGACGUCUCUGCCCUGAGGAGGUGACGGACUUCAUAUCCAGAUUUAAAAUGCUCAAUCUAAAUCGCUCUAACUUGAAUUCCUCUUUCUGUUCCUGGUGAGUUUUUCUAAAUCUGCUGUGUCAUGUUUGUGGUCCAGGUUUGCUUUGUCCUCCAUGGACAUGGAGCAGAGAGACUAUGACUCCAGGACAGCUCUGCAUGUGGCUGCUGCUGAAGGUAAAAUCUCCCGGCGAUGAUGAUAAUGACGGAGAAACCUUUCGUGUUUUAAGCUAAGAGUGUUUGUGGUUGUGUUUCAGGACACGCAGAGGUGGUCCGAUUCCUGCUGGAGGCCUGUAAAGUCAACCCAGUUCCCAAAGACAGGUAACGCUCACAUUGACGGUCACAUUUACGAUCCAAAAUGAGCUGUAGAGUUCAUGUCUCUGUGGGUUAAAUGUUGCUCUGACUGCUGCAGGUGGGGAAACACACCGAUGGAUGAGGCGGUUCAUUUCGGCCACCAUGACGUGGUGACGAUCCUCCGAGAUUAUCACACUCAGUACAGCCCGCAGGACACCGCCACCGACAAGCAGAACGCGGAGCAGAACCUGGACGGGAUGCUGUGAGAGAGAGAGAGAGAGAGAGAGAAAAGGAGACGAGGGUUUGACAGGAAAUUCUCUGAAACAUCCACACGUAGGAAACCGUUAGGAUCAUGACAAUUAUCUUUAAAAAAAAACAAAAAAAAACUCCAGAAACAAGUUAGAUGACAGUCCUCUUAAACACACACCCCUCCAGCGUAAAAGCUCCUCAUCAUGUUGUUAGAUGUUGUAGGUUUUUGUACAAUAUGACUGUAUGUACUUUGUUUUAUUUCUCCCUCUGUGUUCGGUCAUCAGCUGUGGAGCUCUGUAGGAAGCGAUCAGCCGACAGUUGAAUGCUGGGUAAAUUUGGCUGAGGCUGGUGAGUUCGAAGACCCCGUUGUUGACUUUGAUAUUGUUUUUAUUCUGGAAAGCUGAGAAAAAAGGAAGUCGCAGGUUAUCAUUUUUAGUCGAUUCGUUAUCACAACAUGGUGGAAUGUAUCUUCCCCCAAACACUCCGUGUGUGUGUGUGUGUGUGCGAUAUUUAUUUAUCUAUUUAAGAUAAACUGUACAGUCGUGUAGUGUGUGAAUGUGUGUGUGGCAGGUGUGUGAGGGUUUAUUGGUGUAAAUACGUACAGGUGUGUAUAGUUGUAGUUGUUUGUCGGGUGGAUUUGGAUCAGGAGGUGUGUGAGGAAGACUUCACUCAAACUCUGAAGACUUUAACUUUUUUUUUUAAACAUCACUAAUUUGUUUAAUAUUCAGCCUUUCAAAAGCUUUCUUCUGUUUGGUACCUGAUGGCUGUUUUCUUGUUUUUACCCUUAAAACUGGAUUUUGAUUUUACACUGAAAUAUUUGGUAUUUGAUUUUUGUACUGUAGGGAAAUAAUGUAAGCACGUCAGCCAAAGUUCAGCUCGUGUGUGUGUGUGUGUGUCGUCUCCUGACCGACUGAAAGAGUUCAUAGAUAUCAGAUGUGACACUGCCAGCACUGUAAGUUUGUUUUAUACUUUUUGUUCUCACAUUUAGAUCCAAGCUUAAGACAUGAGAGCUCACUAACGACUGCACUCAACUCCAGAAAAAAAGAGGCAUCAGCUGCUGUACACCCACUCAGCAUCAUUGAAACCCUUGAAUUCUUAUUUCUGUUUCAUUGGAAGUCCAAACAUUUUCAGUGGACAUGAGAGAAAAACUGAUUAAACCUCAAGAAGCUGAAUUUAAACAGCUGCAACCAGCAACUGACUGAUUGUUGUAGACAUGAGUACAGGAGCACCAAACACCUUUUAAAAGCAGAAUACUCCUCAGCAGCCAAGUUCAAUUUGUGGGAUCGGGUUAUCUGAAUCUACUGUUUACAUGGGUGCAAAAUUAAAUAAUCCGAUCAUGACGUGCGUAUACAUGCACCGAGAUUUAUUCCGAUUUGAAGCAUUUGGACAUGCGCAGAGUUGUCUGAUUUCGCUAAAACAACCGCAGAAGAGGAGUUGUAUUUACGCCUGUGCUGUCAACAAACCAACAAAAACGGUAGUGGCUCACUCCAUCCAGUUCAGGAUUUUCCCUCUGUUAAAUAUUGUCACUAGAUGGCGCCCUUGCGCACUUAUUUUACCAUUCUGUUAAAGGUUGUUCUCUUAAAGGUUGUGCGUGCAGAUGUGACAUCAUUACGCUGUAUGUACGUCUUGUUGUGUUACCGGAAGAGCAGACGCGGCACCUGCGGUUGUGUUUUAUACCAGAGUGUAAAUAAUGAAACCUCCUGUACUGACCUCAGUAAGUAAGCCUAAGGCUAAAGAGUGAAGACCGAGUCAGGUAAGAGAGUCACGAUCGGAAUGAGUGUUUACAUGAACGCAUUUCGGAAUAACGAUCGGCAUAAACCACCCCUCUUGAUUGGAAUACAAUUUCUUCCCGAUUAAGCCGAAUUGGAUCAGAAUCUUCCGAUCGACAUGUUUACAUGACGCAUUUUUAUACCGAUCGGGCAUUUAUUCCGAUUAUUUGUGCCCGUGGGAACGCAGCUACUGAAUCUACUGAAUUUGCCUUAAAAUAUGUCCUAAAAUCUCACAAAGAGAAACCAUAAAUUUGUGAUUAUCUGUUUCCUGCAGCGAUGCUUCCCUGGAUUGGUUGUUUGCUCCUAGUUAGAAAGCUUUUUUUCGUUCCAAAUGAACGAUAAUUGAACAUUUCUGAUUCAGGAGACUGGUGUGUUUUUUUUCUCUGUUGAGUGCAGCCUUUCUUUUUUUAACACUUAAAUUCACCAAACUACCGUUUUAUCAUGUUUUUCUGAAAGUCGGAGCUUCUCGAGCAGAAAUGUGUCGACUCUGUAAUGUACCAGAUGAAUUCUGAUGGUUUAUAUGUUCACACGUGUUCCUGCAGAGCACUCAGACGGGACAACAGCUUUUUAGGAGCUUUCUAAUGCAGAUUGUUUUGUGCAGAAGUCUUACUUGAAAACCCGUGCAAAUGUUUUCCAGAGGUUUCUUGUAUCUGUAGUGUUUGCAGUGUAGAUGUUGUUUCUUUACAAAGUGAAGCAGGCAUUCAACACUGAUAAGAACAAUCCACAGUAGUAUAAAUAAAUGAGUAACAGUUUCACCUCUGGUUGGAUCAGUUCUCUGCGUUUAAUUGACAUUAUUUAAAAGUUAACCAGAAUCAAAGAGAAGCACAAAAAGAACCUAAAAGCUGCAAAGAGACAAUUAGCAAUAGAAAUGUUAUGAUUGUACUAUAAAAUCAGCAAUACCAGACUGAACUCUGACCCUGACCUGCAGCUCCGCUCUUUCUGCUGUCGUCUGUGAUAUGAAGUGAUCUCUGUGUGCAGCCGCGACUGAAGUAUUCUGAAUGUAACGUGUUUGGUGUUGUUCGGUUUCUUCUUCUUCAUGUAUAUUUCUGCUGCCAAGUGUCGCAGGCAGCUCAGAUAUUUAUUCACAGAUCAAACAUUUAAUAAAAGUUAUCAAACCAAG